AUGAUUGACAAUGAUGAUUUUUCUAUAAUCUCUCAAGCUGUUGUUAUAACUAAUAUGAUGAAUAUAAACAAUGAAACUGAGUUACAUGAAAAUUUGGAAGAUGAAAUUGGAGAGGAAAAUGAUGAAGAAGCACCUUUUGACAACAAUGUUGAAGUACCUUCAACUUUUACUAAUAUGGAAGGAACAAAUUUGAAUAUUGAUGACAAUUGGACUGUGUCGCAAUCAACGAGUAAGAAUGAUUUCAUACAAGAGAUGAGAAAAGAUUCUUUCAAGGAUAAAGAAGAACUUGUUAGAGCAAUGAAGAUCCAUUGCAUUAGGACACAUAAACAAUUUGAGGUCAUUAACUCACGCCCAACUAUUUUUACUCUAAGAUGCAAGUUAUACUUACAAUCUAGUUGCAAAUGGAAACUUCAUGCAAGUAAACGUAAACGUAGUGGAUAUUUUGAAAUCACAACUUAUACCGGUCCACAUACUUGUUUGCACUAUAAGCUUUCUCAAGAUCAUCCGAACCUAGAUGCAAGCUUGAUUGCUAUGGAAACUAGGCACCUUAUAAAAGCACAACCUUCUAUCAGUAUUCCUGCUUUGAGAGCUGAAAUAGUUGAAACACUAGGCUAUACUCCUUCAUAUAAGAAGGAAGAGUCUUAUGUCGCUUUACCAAAAUAUCUAGGUGCACUUCAAAAGUUCAAUCCAGGAACUAUUGUUGAAUGGUGUGUUUCAAGAUCAACCGAUGUAGAUGAAGUUGAAUUUAGGCGUGUUUUUUGGGCUUUUUCUCCCUCUAUCAAAGGGUUUCAUUAUUGUCGACCGGUGAUUAGCAUUGAUGGUACACACUUGUAUGAUAAGUACACGGGUAAUAUGCUCAUUGUAAUGGGAGUUGAUGGUAAUAAUCAGAUUUUGCCACUUGCAUUUGCUAUUGUAGAAAAUGAAUCUUAUGAUACUUGGAAUUGGUUUCUUUCUCAUAUCAAGAAUCAUGUGGUGAAAGACCGUGAAGGCAUAUGUCUAAUAUCUGAUCGUCAUGGGAGAAUCCUUAAGGCUGUCAAUGAGCAUGGAUCUCCAUGGUUAGAGCCACAUGGUUUUCAUAGGUAUUGUUUACGACAUUUCAUCAACAACUUUUAUGACAAGUUUCGUAAUUCAGAGUUGAAAGCUUUAGCUUAUUGUGCCGGGAGUCAAAAUCAAAUUCGAAAGUUCAACUCCAUCAUGGAAGAAAUUGGAAAGCUAAAUCUACAUGCUCGACAUUGGUUGGAGAGCCAUCCACUUAAUAGAUGGACACUUGCAUAUGAUGGUGGCAGGAGAUAUGGGUUACUCACAACAAAUUUGUCAGAGAUUUUCAAUAGUGUACUUAAAGGUGCUCGUUUUUUACCAAUCACAACUUGUGUGCAACUUACAUUCUAUAGAAUGGUGCAUUAUUUUGAGGUGAGACGUCCUUUAGGAUCUAGUUCUCAAGCUAAUGGAGAUGCACAUACUCCACAUGUUAUUGCAAAACAAGUAACUUUGAUGGCAAAAGCAAGUGCACAUUCCUUGAGAUCUUUUAAUCGAGAAAAAGGUAUAUUUGAGUUCAUAACUCAAAGAGGUCGAAAUGUGCAAGUAGUUAAUUUGGAACAAAAAACUUGUACAUGUGGUAAGUGGGAGGCAUUUAAAUAUCCUUGUUCUCAUGUCUUGAGUGCAUGUGCCAAACUCUCUUUGAAUAGUUGGCAAUAUGUUGAUAAAUGUUACUCGAUUGUAUAUUAUUGUGCUACUUGGGCAUCUGAGUUCUCCUCGCUUCCUCAUGAAGCAUAUUGGCCACAAUCACCAUUUAAUGAAUUACUUCCAAAUUUAGAAUUAUUACGGAAUAAAAAAGGUCGUCCUCGUUCAACAAGAUUAAAAAAAGGUAUGGAUAUUAAAGAAGGAAGAAAUGCCACUCUUUGUGGAAUUUGUGGGCAAUCAGAUCAUAAUAAAAAACGGUGUCCGUCUAAGCCAAGGUAA